AGCUGACACCAUGAACCAGCUGAUCCUUUGCACGCUGCUUCUCUUGGCCCCCAGGGAGCUGGCUGGGGCAUGUCCCGCAGGCUGCCAGUGCCAAGACCCCAAGACCAUCCUGUGUGCGGCCAGACGGGGCCACACUGUGCCCCGGGGGCUGCCCCCCAACACCCUCUCCCUCUACGUCUUUGAGAACGGCAUCACGAUGCUCAGCGAGGACAGCUUUGUGGGUCUGCCCGCCCUCCAGCUCUUGGACCUCUCUCAAAACAAGAUCACCAGCAUCCAGAAGAACAUUUUCCAGCCCCUGACAGAGCUCGUUAACUUGGACCUGUCCUCCAACCAGCUGCAGGAGAUCACCAACGAGACCUUCCACGGGCUGCGGCUGCUGGAGCGACUCUACCUGCAGAGGAACAGGAUCCAGCACAUCCACGCUGCCGCCUUUGAUACGCUGGAGAACCUGCUGGAGCUGAAGCUGCAGAACAACCAGCUCUGGGCCGUGCCCCCACUCGACCUGCCCAACCUCCUGCUGCUGGACAUCAGCUGGAACAAGAUCCCUACCAUUGCACCAGGGGCCUUCCACGCUGUCAACAUCGAGUCCCUGAAGAUUGCGGGGCUGGGCCUGACGAACUUAAACGAGGAGCUCUUCCAGGCCCAGAACAACCUCCACGAGCUGGAUGUUUCCGACAACCUGCUGGAGCGUGUCCCAGUGGUGCUGCGGCGGCUGGGGAGCCUCACCAAGCUCAGCCUGGCUGGCAAUGCCCGCAUCUCCCAGCUGCCGGCAGAGGACUUCCACAACCUUCACAACCUCCAGGAGCUGGACAUCAGCAACCUCAACAUCAACACCAUCCCUCGGGAUUUCUCCAGCUUCUUCCCCAGGCUGCGGGCCGUGACGGCUGCUGGCAACCCCUUCAACUGCAUCUGCCAGAUGAGCUGGCUGGUGCAGUGG